AUGGUCACAGAGUCCCUGACUUCCCCAGAUUCUCGCCUGCGACUUCCCCUCAAUUUGGGCGCCUCUUCUCUCUCUCCUUUCCAUUCACCAGAUACUCCUGCAAAUGCUACCAUGCUCAGUGAUUCACCCGACCAGCUUCUUCCCUCCUCUCCGGUCAAACCCAAGGACAAGGAUGGUGGCUAUUUUCAAUGCGGCUUCUGUAAACGCCACUAUAAUCGUGCGGAUCAUCUAAUCCGUCAUGUUCGAUCGCAUACUCGUGAGAAGCCUUAUGUGUGCGAUGUAUGCGACAAAGGAUUUGCGCGGCCUGACCUCUUGAAGCGCCAUGCCACAGGGCAUGCUCAUGACAAAGACCGCAAGCGCAAAAGAAGCUCGUCCGUCGCAAAGCAAAGCCGCGUGUCGCAAGCUUGCAAGACAUGUGCCUCCUCGAAGUUAAAAUGCGACGAAGAGAAGCCCUGUCGGCGAUGCCGACUCAUCUCCGAGCCGCAGCAGAGUACAGCCGAUACCUAUGAUGCCGGCGAUCAACCUCUCGGCGCGACAGCCACGGUCGCCUUCUCCCCGAUGCCAACACCAAUGGACGACUUUCCACCGUCCAGCAAUAUCAUGAUGACGCCACGUCUUCCCCCCCAAGAGCAGGACAUUUCGCCAGAGUUGUCAGCCGCAAAUGAGCAGAUGACAAUUGAAUACAGCGUGUCACCUACCGAUCACGAAAGCGGCAUUUUCAGCGUCGAUGGCACGUUCUUCCCAAAUUUCAUUCCUGACUCGUUGAUCUCUUCAUUGAGUCGAUAUCACGAUCCGUUCGAUCCUUCCAGUUUGAUCCCUGAGUUCACACAUUACGGUGCAUUGGAGUAUCAGGCCUACGAUUUCAAUUUAACAGAUGGCGAUUUUGGCCUGAUUGACAUGUACAAUGCCCGGAGUUUCCCUCCAGAUGUCCCCGGGGCUGAAACACACGAUCGUUUCGACGCUGAUAGCGGCAUUGGAAUUGGCACCGAAGCCUACCACCGAUCGUCAUUGUCUGCGUGGAAGCCCGCUCGGCAAGACCACGCAUUCGACGACCACGAGAAUCUGUCCGUACCGCAAGCAGUCGAUAGUCCCGAAGUCAAUGCCACCCACGACCGACAGAUCUUAAGUGAGCGUCUUUCAUCCAGUAGCCGAGAUCUCAUCUUCGGUCUCGUUUUGGAGAUCAGCCGCGAAGCCAACCUGAGUCGAAUUAUGAAGUCGUUUCCGAGCACGGAGCUGCUGGAUGGAUUGAUUCAGCAAUUUUUUGAAUAUCAAAGCCACAACGUGGAUUCUUUUAUCCAUGGACCGACUUUCCGUCUGAAUAGUGAACAUGCCAGUAUUCUUGCAGCUCUGGCUGCUGCUGGGGCCGUGCGCUCGCCAAUACCUACGAUCAGAAAGCUGGGCUACGCUUUGCUUGAGAUUGUUCGCCUGUAUAUGCCUAUUAAAUAUGAAAGUGACAACAGUACCACGCGAGAUUUGCGAACCUCACAGACCUACGCUUUGAAUCUGGAUAUUGGUAUUUGGAGUGGCAAUCGAAGAAAGACCGAGAUCGCAGAGAGCUUUUCCCAACCAUUGAUAACAAUGCUUCGACGAGCCCUGCGCUUUCGCCGGUCGGUCUAUACGGCCAUCGAGCCCCUGGUCGAAGAUACGGGAGAUGUGCUGGAACGAAAAUGGCGUGGCUGGAUAGAACAAGAGUCUUUCAAGAGGCUUGUCUAUCAUGUCUUUCUCCAUGACUCACAGACAGCAAUAACUCACAACGCCAAUCCUUUGAUCUCUUAUGCAGAUCUCGAACUCCCACUCCCCGCCGCCCGUUCGUUAUGGGAAGCGAAGACAGCCACCGAAUGGAAGGAACUUUAUUCUGCGAUUCCUACGGCACGCAUCCCUUCCCUUGCCGAUCUUCUUCGCGAUAUGUCCCAGCUAUCGGCAUUCCAAGACCGCAUUGAUACACAGCUGGCGGCUCUAGUUUUGCUCCACGGUCUUUCGGCGUUAAUCAAUGAAUACCACCGGCUGAAAUUCAUCUCUACCAGCAACUCCAAACAUUGGCAUGCUCUCGUGACAAACUCUCGUCAACAAGAGCUUAACCAAGCACUUCAGCAUUUCCGAAUGUGUGCGAAGUGGUCUCGAUGCUUCUCCACAUGUCUCUUGAAGAGCUGCAAUUAUUUGCUGGAAAGGAAGAUAAACAAGAAGCCCGUCGAGUCUACCACUCAGCUCUGGAAUGGAUCACAAGCUCCGAUUCAAGACGGGCCAUCUGGCAUGCUGGACAAACGGUGCGAGCGGCUCGAAACAUGGCCCCCCGGCUCAUUGACCGGCUUCCUUGCAAUCGGGGUUUACUACGCAAGUCUAGCUUUCUGGUCCUAUGGCGUCGUAUCCAAAGCCAAGAGCACUCAGCUCACCGUGAGUCCCGCCCCUCUAUCCACUCAAGGCCCGACUGUAUUUCUUGAUGCGGAUGAGGUCGCCAACGUCUCCAAAUUUGUGACUCUGGGAUGCGGUUCCCCCGCACUACAAGGACGAGCUGGAGCAAUUUUUCUUGCGGACCCAGGAAUGACGAUGCAGGCCGUUCAAGAGGUACUGAAGCCUGAUAUUUCUGAGAGAACACCACCGCUGGUUCAGAGUCUGGCUCAACUUAUGGGGGAUUUGGGACAUUGUGUUUAUGGAGGGACUUGA